GCCCGGUUCGGCGGCCGAUUCAGGGCGCUGCUGCAGGCGGCAGAGAGCGCAGCGGCAUGCAGCAGGUCCUUCGGCAGAUACAGGAGGCGGUCGAGCCGGUGCUGGAGCGCAGCCUGACGAAGCGCCGGCGCCAGGAGUUCCUCGCCUCGGCCGGCCCCCUCUUCCUCUGCCUCACCUUCAUCGAGGAUGCGCUGCGCGUGCUGCUGCGCUGGAAGGAGCAGAUGAGCUACAUGACCGUCACGAUGCGCAUGAGCGGCUGGCUGGGUGGACUCCUGCUCAUCUUUUCGCUCGUGACGCAGAUGACGGGGAGCGUCUUGGUGCUGCGUCCAAAGGAGGUCAAGCCCAGCCGCGUGAAGGUUGGCUGCUACACACUGCUCGCCUUCGUCUUCCUGCAGCCCUUCAUGUACGGCCAGGCGCGCGACGCAGACUUCAUGUGCCGCAGUGUGACACUAGCGGGCGGGCUGCUGCUGCUCAUCUGGUCCGAAAACGACCGCAAGCAGCGCAGCGAGGACAUGGGCUUGCCGUCCGGCAUGGAGUCGACGAGCUCGGACCGGCUGCAGCUCUGCGGGCGCGUCCUGCUGACGUUCCUCUUCUUCUUCCAGGCCGUGUACUCUGAGAAUGGCGGAAUGCACCGCCUCUGGACGGCGCCGUCUCUCUUCGGGCUCAUCAGCUUCGUGGUGCUCGCGGGCCUGGCGGGGAUGGUCUGCGCGGGCUUCAAGACGGAGUGGUCGGCGCUGCUGCUAUGCGGCAUCCUCUUCCUGUCCAACCUCUACAUGUACCCCUUCUGGUCCAUCCGCGAGGGCCUGAGGGACUUUUACCGCUACUACUUUUUCCAGACCCUCUCCAUCAUCGGCGGGCUAAUGCUGCUCGCGCUGCACGGCCCGGGCGGGAUCAGCUUGGACAAGGGGAUGAAGAAGGCCAUCUGACACGUGGCGCGACUGCACUCGCCGUGCGAGUCAGCUGCUGCCGGCGGAGAUUACUCGACGCGCGGGUACAGGAACGGAGAGGGUGCGAGGAUUCUCCGCGUUCGUCGUUUGUUUGCUCGCUUCACGCGGCUUGUGUGCGCGACGUCCGGUUGCGCAGCCCCCGCGCCCCGUCGCGUGCUCAAGUACACGACUGAUCAGUGAACAAAAA